AUGUGGUCGCUCAGGGCCUGCACUGUGAGGGCCCGGGGGCGUGCAGGUGGCCGUGCCCGGAGCGCAGCCCUGGGGGAGCUCGAGUCCGAGGAGCCGGGCAGCGGGCGGAGGCCACGCCAAUUAGGCAAGAUGGAGUGCCAGGGCAAGGCUAUAAAUAUCUUGGCCAAGGCCCGGCCCAAGAAUCCGACGAGGCAGCAAUUACGCUUUGGGGAUAAAACGAGGCGCAGAGAGCGGGCUGGGGCAUUUCUCCCCGAGAUGGCGGGUCUGACAGCUGCGGCUCGGCGGCCCGGAGUCCUUCUGCUCCUGCUGUGCAUCCUCCACCCCUCGCAGCCCGGAGGGGUCCCGGGAGCUGUUCCUGGUGCAGUUCCUGGAGGCGUCUUCUUCCCAGGGGCUGGUCUCGGAGGCCUGGGAGGAGGAGCACUGGGCCCUGCAGGCAAACCAGCCAAGCCAGGUGUCGGAGGGCUCGCCGGCGCUGGCCUUGGUGCAGGGCUUGGGGCUUUUCCCGCAGGUGCCUUCCCAGGGGCACUGGUGCCCGGUGGCCCGGCUGGCGCUGCUGCCGCCUAUAAAGCUGCUGCCAAGGCCGGUGCUGCUGGUCUCGGCGGGGUCGGCGGCAUCGGUGGUGUCGGCGGCUUAGGAGUGUCUACAGGUGCGGUGGUGCCUCCGCUCGGAGCCGGAGUCGGGGCUGGAGCGAAGCCUGGGAAAGUGCCAGGUGUGGGGCUCCCAGGUGCAUACCCGGGCGGAGUGCUCCCAGGCGCAGGAGCUCGGUUCCCGGGCAUAGGGGUCCUCCCCGGGGUUCCCACUGGAGCAGGAGUCAAGCCCAAGGCUCCAGCUGGGGGCGGAGCUUUUGCUGGAAUCCCAGGAGUUGGACCCUUCGGAGGGCAGCAGCCUGGAGUCCCGCUGGGAUACCCCAUCAAGGCACCCAAGCUGCCAGGUGGCUAUGGACUGCCCUACAGCACUGGGAAACUGCCCUAUGGCUAUGGGCCUGGAGGAGUGGCUGGUGCUGCGGGCAAGGCUGGGUAUCCAACGGGGACAGGGGUUGGCACACAGGCUGCAGCAGCAGCGGCUAAAGCAGCAGCGAAGCUUGGUGCUGCAGGAGCCGGAGUUCUCCCUGGUGUUGGUGUUGGUGGUGCUGGCAUUCCUGGUGUGCCUGGCGCAAUUCCUGGCAUCGGAGGCAUUGCAGGGGUCGGGGCUCCAGAUGCUGCUGCUGCCGCCGCCGCUGCUAAGGCAGCCAAAUUCGGUGCUGCUGGAGGCCUUGGCCCAGGAGUAAUCGGUGUCCCAGGAGUUGGAGUACCUGGUGUUGGAGUCCCUGGUGUUGGGGUUCCAGGUGUUGGGGUCCCUGGUGUUGGGGUUCCAGGUGUGGUUCCAGGUGUUGGAGUCCCAGGUGUUGGAGUCCCUGGUGUUGGAGUCCCCGGUGUCGGAGUUCCAGGGGCUGUGUCACCAGCCGCAGCUGCUAAAGCAGCGGCCAAAGCAGCCAAAUUCGGGGCCAGAGGCGGAGUGGGAGUUGGAGGCAUUCCCACAUUCGGGGCUGGCCCUGGGGGCUUUCCUGGCUACGGAGACGCAGGUAUUCCGGGAGCUGGCCUUUCCCCAGCAGCUCAGGCAGCUGCAGCCGCCAAGGCAGCCAAGAUCGGUGCUGGGGCAGCAGGAGCCCUGGGAGGGCUGGUGCCAGGUGCCCCCGGAGCAAUACCAGGCGUGCCCGGUGUUGGAGGGGUGCCAGGGGUCGGGACUCCAGCAGCUGCAGCCGCCAAAGCCGCCGCCAAAGCCGCCCAGUUUGGUUUAGCCCCUGGAGUCGGUGUGGCUCCCGGCGUUGUGGCUCCCGGCGUCGCUCCCGGCGUCGUGGCUCCCGGCAUUGGCGUGGCUCCCGGCGUCGUGGCUCCCGGCAUCGGCGUGGCUCCCGGCAUUGGCGUGGCUCCCGGCAUUGGCCUUGGCCCUGGCGGUGUCAUAGGAGCAGGGGCCCCAGCUGCUGCCAAGUCCGCUGCUAAGGCCGCCGCCAAAGCCCAGUUGCGGGCUGCCGCCGGGCUUCCCGCUGGUGUUCCUGGCCUUGGAGUGGGUGUUGGCGUUCCCGGCCUUGGAGUCGGGGUCGGAGUUCCUGGACUUGGGGCAGCGGCAGUACCUGGAACCCUGGCCGCAGCUAAGGCAGCCAAGUUCGCACCAGGAGGGGUCGGGGCCCUUGGAGGGAUUGGAGAUCUUGGUGGAGCCGGCAUUCCAGGUGGUGUGGCAGGACCUGCUGCUGCAGCUGCUGCCGCCAAAGCUGCUGCCAAAGCCGCCCAAUUUGGCCUGGGGGGAGUCGGUGGGCUCGGAGUCGGAGGACUGGGAGUUGGUGGGCUUGGAGCUGUCCCAGGGGCUGUGGGCCUUGGAGGUGUGUCUCCAGCUGCAGCUGCUAAAGCAGCCAAAUUUGGUGCCGCUGGCCUUGGAGGUGUCCUAGGAGCCGGCCGGCCAUUCCCAGUUGGAGGAGUUGCAGCAAGGCCUGGCUUCGGACUGUCUCCUAUUUUCCCAGGUGGAGCCGGGGGCCUGGGAGUUGGUGGCAAACCUCAAAAGGCCUUCGGAGGGGCCCUGGGAGCCCUGGGAUUCCAAGGUGGGGCCUGCCUGGGGAAAUCCUGCGGCCGGAAGAGAAAGUGA